AUGUCCAUAGACAGCCUGAGUGUGAUCUAUAUUGCGAUGGAGUCUGUUAUUGGGAUAUUUGCAGCAGUGGGCAACGCCUUGGCGAUCUGGGCAGUGAAGCUGAACCCAGCUCUGCAGAAGACCACCUUCUUUUACCUCGUUUCCCUGGCACUCGCUGACCUUGCCGUGGGGAUUCUUGUCAUCCCGCUGGCUGUCUUGAUGAGCUGGGGAGUUGUCAUCCAGUUCUGCUCCUGCCUGUUUGUGUGCUGCCUGAUGAUGAUCUUUCCUCACGCCUCGAUCCUGUCUCUCCUGGCCGUCGCAGUCGACAGGUACCUGAGAGUGAAGCUUCCACCCAGGUACAGGGCAGCCAUCAAGAAGAAAAGGGUUUGUGUGAUUCUGGGACUCUGCUGGCUUGUGUCUGUGCUGGUGGGGCUGGUCCCCAUGCUGGGGUGGAACCAGCACACUGACGGCUCCAGCUACGUCGAGUGUCACUAUUUGUCUGUGAUGAGAAUGGAUUAUGUGGUGUAUUUCAGCUUCUUCGCCUGGAUCCUCCUUCCCUUGCUCAUCAUGUGUGUCCUCUACACCGAGAUUUUCUACAUCAUGUAGGCAAAACUAAGCCUGAGCUCAGCAAGUCCCCCAGGAGGAGGAACGGCUUGUGGGAAGGAAUACAAAAUGGCCAAACAUCUGGCCCUCAUCCUCCUCUUGUUUGCGGUGUCCUGGCUGCCUCUGGGCAUCCUGAACUUCAUUUUGUACUUCUGCCUCUCCUGCCCCAUCCCGCAGCCUCUGAUGUACCUGGGCAUCCUGCUGUCUCAUGCCAACUCAGCCAUGAACCCUGCCGUCUACGCCUUCAAAAUGCAGAAGUUCAAAGAAACGUACGCUUCCAUCCUGUGGACCGGAGUUGUGUGCAGAAAAACGCCCGUCUUCAGUGACCCCGUGUCCGUGUGCCUGUGCAGGUGGGGAGACCUGAAGAAACACGUGUCGUCCAUCCCCCCCCCGCCACAC